AUGUCAACAAAAGUAAUAAUUAAGUCAUUAGUAGCUGAAUAUACAACAACACAAUUUGACUAUAGUAAUCCAGUAUAUAUUGAUACACCUCAAUUAGCAGAGUAUUAUGUUAUGAUUUUAACAGAAAAUGAAUUAACAUUAACAGAUUGCCCCAAAAAAGCAUUUCAAAGACGUUCAGAAUUUGACUUUAAAGAUAUUAUAGUAUUAAAAAUUGUUAAUUUAAAAAUAAUUCCCUCAAAAACAAUAGACGAUUAUAAAUUACUUAAAAUAGUUGAAACUAAACCUACUUGUCGAAGAACAUUUAAAAUUAUAUUUAAAAAUAAAGAGGAGUGUAGAACUUGGAAUCAAUUAUUAAAUGAAGUUAUUAACUCAAAUAUUAAAUUACAAGUAUUUGGAAUACCAUUAAUUGAUUACCAUCAAAGAACAAAUAAAUUAUACCCAAUAAUAUUAGAUGAAAUAUGUGAAAUAAUGAGAAAUACUAAUGAAUGUUUUACUCAAACAGUUUCUCAAAAUGAAAUAUUAAUGACUUUAAACCUUAUUAAUAAAGGAAUUAAAGUACAAAAAUGGAAUUAUACAUUAGCUACUGAAGUAUUAAAAUUAUACCUUCGAUCAUUACCAUUUCCACUUCUUCAUCCAUCAAAAGAAUAUCUUGGGAGUGUUAAUGUUGAUGGUAUUUUAUCUAAAAAUGAUUUAUCAUUAUUAAUUCAUACAAAAACAGAAGAAAAUAUUGCAGUUCAAAAACUAUUAUUUACAACGUUUCAUUUUAUUGCAAAUAAUCAAGUAAUAAAAACACCAAGGUCUAUAGCUGAAAAAAUGACACCUUGUUUAGCUUGGGAUAGCCACGACUCAUUAGAUAAAAGAAUGUAUGACAUCGUAGAAUUUCUUAUUUCUAAUGCUACUGAAAUUUAUAAAGAUGAUAAAAAAGAAGAAUAA